AUGGCAAGUAACCAACAGCUGACCUUGGGUGCCCCGUCCGAGCUUGGGCUCCUAUGGGAAAGGGCUAUUGAAAGAUAUAUUCAAAUCACAGGGAACAAUCACAUCAUCGCAAUGAGACACUCGGCGAGUAUCGGCGGAGUAUUGACUGAGGUCGAGGAAAUGGAUAAAUUGUUCAAACAUAAGCGCUAUGGCGGCUCGAAGUUGACACGCUUCCAAACUCUUGUCAGUGGGAGUCUCGCACCCAUACAGAGAUUGGGCGGAAUUGCGGCCUACGCCUCCAGGGCUACUGCGAAAGACGUGUCCAAUGACUACGAUAAACUCACAGAAUUCUUCCAAGAUGUGGAAUCGUAUCUACAAGGGAUAGAGAUAUGGGAAACUCAGGUUCCAUCAGUACCGCAACUUGAGCAUGCGAUAAAUGCCGUGUUUGGCUCUGUUCUAAUACUUUGCGGGUUGUAUACCAGGUACAUCAGCAAGAAGCGUGUUGCGGUCCAGCGCGGCCGAGAUGUUGUGCAAAAUGCGACUCUUUCAACCGCUGGAAAAAUGAAGUUGGAUACUGAAGCAGUCCGGGUCGAUAUUCAGAAAACCACUUCUAUUAUGGAACGCCUAGAACGACCCCAAGAAAGAGACAAUACCCUCAAGUGGCUUUCUAGUCUUGAUUUCCACGAAUACCAACGAGAGACUGCUGCGAAACACCACGAAGGCACUGGCGAAUGGCUACUGAAUACAACCGAAUUUCAGGACUGGGUACAUGGCACGGAACACUCCACUAUGUGGUGUCCUGGGGAUCGUAUGGAUACCAAUCAACAUCUAUUGAAUGACUUGCUAACACCCUUAUUCAGCUGGCACUGGAAAGACUGUUAUGAUUUCUCCUCACUAACCAUAAACAGGUCGACGGCAAUCUGUUAUGUUGAAAAUAACACACCUGACUCGGAUAGAGCAAUUGCACAUGUGUAUUGCAAUUACAAGGACAGUAAAACUCAAUCUGUCUCCGAAAUUUGGUCCAGCAUUAUUCGCCAAUUUGCAGAGCAGUGCGAGCCUUUCCCAGUCGAGGUUCAAGCUUUCCGAGAUAAGUUCAUCAGUAAAAGAUCAUAUCCCACUGAAGACGACCUUUUAUCACUUGUUCGUCACCUAACAACAAUGUUCAAAAACUCCUUUGUCUUCAUUGAUGCUUUGGAUGAAUGUCCGGAACAGAACAGAGAGGACUUCAUUGAGUCGGCCAGGAAGGUUGGAUCUUCCAUUAGGCUAUUUUUAACUUCUCGCCAUAGUGUGACACUCGAUGGGAGGUUCUCAAACAUGAAACGAAUCGAGAUUGUUGCUCAUCAGGACGACAUUCGAGCGUAUUUAGAGCACAGGUUUGCCAUUGACGCAAAGCUUCGCCCGCUCUUACUCCGAGACCCAGGAUUGCGCAGUACAAUACUUGAAAAGCUCUUAGAGCAAGCUAAUGGCAUGUUCCUCCUAGCCCAUCUCCAGAUGGACCACCUCUGCAAUAAACGACGAUCUCUCGAUGUCCGCAAAGCUCUUGGUACACUCCCAAAGGAUGUGCAUCAAUUUUAUGAUGACUCUUUGCAGCGAAUAAAGAACUCAGGUGACGAAGAUAGGGAGUUCGCACUGCUUGUCCUAUCCUAUGUAUUUUGCGCUCGACGGCCAUUGUCCAAGGACGAGCUCAUCCAUGCCUUGAGCACCGAUCCCGGAGCUACUAAUCUGUUCAGUGAAGCAUUAUAUAGCAAGGUUCUCGUCUUCUCCAUUUCUUCGGGUCUCAUUCGGAUUGAUGACGAAAGUGGUUGCGUUCGCCUCACUCAUCAUACACUACAUGAACAUCUGCAUAAAUUUCACAAACCGCUUCUAACGGACCGUGAGAGAAAUCUUGCCAUGGCCUGCCUCACCUACAUUUCAUUUGAACCUUUUGCAGAUGGGCCUUGCAAUAAGGCUCGAGACUUGGUUGACCGGUUGAAUGAGUAUUGUUUCCUUGAGUAUUCAUGCCACCACUGGGCCGAACACGCAGCCAAUCAUAUGGAUGAUGAGAUGGCCCAGUUGAUAAUCAAUUUUUUGGAAGAAGAGAAUAAGCUUGGCACGUGUGUUCAAAUAUUACAUCUCCCUCGUCAUCGAAUUGGAGAAUGGCAUAAUAAGUUUCCGAGCGACUUCAAUAAACUGCACGCUACCGCAUAUUGGGGGCUGGACAAGAUCUUUGAAGUCCUCGUCGAAACAGAUGUGGACGUCGACUGUAGAGACAGCUACGGCACAACGCCGUUGCUCUUGUCAGCUAGGCACGGUCAUGCUGAAGUGGCGAGACGCUUGUUAGAGACAACAAUCCUUGUGGACCUAAGCAAUAAUCGUGGGGAGACAGCUUUGAUGCUGGCAGCCAGGAAUGGCCAUGAACCGGUCGUGAAACUUAUUCUGGAAAGAGGUGCAAGUGAUACGAUAGAAGAUGUUGAGGGCUGGACGGCGCUCCACUGGGCUAUCUUGGGUGGCCAUAAUGAUAUCAUCAAAAGACUUCUGCAAACAGCUACGCCGGACAAGUUGGACAAAUCCCAGCACAACAAAGCCUUGAUUUUGGCAGCAGAAACGGGCAGUCACAAAACAGUGGAGAUGCUCUUGGAUGAAGGAGCUGAUGUCGACUAUAAUGAUCCCCAACACAGUACGCCUCUUCACUGGGCAGUACCCCAAGGGCAUAUUGAGGCUUCUGAGGUCUUGUUGAGCCGAGGUGCGGAUCCGAACUCGAGAGAUCUCUAUGGUAAUACGGCAAUCCACUGGACAGUAUCUCACGCUGCUAUUGCAAAGUUACUCGCGGGCCAUGGAGCCGACGUGAAUGCGACUAAUGAUCAAGGGCAAAGCGCCCUCCUCUGGAGUGCACUCGCCGGGAAGGCGGACACAGUGGAGACGCUGCUCGAGCUUGGUGCCAAUAUCGAUAGGGGCGACGACUAUGGCUUCACGGCAUUGCACGCGGCGGCAUUGGGAGGACACGAUUACAUCGUCGACCUUCUGUUGGCACAAGGGGCAAAUGCCAACAAUCGUGACAUUGAUGGAUGGACACCUUUGGAUGCGUCAGUGUUGAAAGGGAAGGAAUCCCUUGUAAAAGUUCUGGUUGACUAUACGGACGACGGUCAUAAUAUAUCCUCCCAGUUCAGGGAACGACUGAAGGACGAUGGCAUGCGUGCUAUGAUGGAGGAGAUGGCUGAUAGAAAGUCCGUCGGAAGUACUGUCGUCAGUGGCCUUUGUUCGGUCAUCAACAGCGAUUAUGACAUGCGGCUACUCGCGCUGAUCGAGACUGGUGCUGAUAUCAACGCCCAAGACGAGUUGUGUGGGUCUAUGCCACUGACCUACGCAGCGGACUUUGGGAGAGAUGAGGUCGUUCGCUUGCUCCUCGAACACGGUGCACACAUUGACAUUCGCGAGCAGAGUGGCCGCACCGCGCUUCACCACGCGGCUUGCUCAGGCUAUCAUGAAAUGGUGGCAGACCUUAUUGAGAGAGGGGCAACGGUCGAUAUCAAAGUGUUUGGAUGGACAGCUAUGCUCCUUGCCGCAAGAGCAUGGUACGCCUAUAUUGCUGUCUACCUCGUCGAGCACGGCGCAGACCUGGGAGCCCAAGAUUUUCAUGGACGCACCGCUUUGCAGUGGAGCUGCAUCCAUGGCGACAGAAGUUUUGUAAAGGAGCUCAUCAAACUUGGUGCCGACGUCGAUGCUCAGGACCGUUAUGGGCAAACUGCGCUACAUUGGGCUGCGGCUGGUGGUCAUUCGACCCUUGUAACAAUGCUGUUGCGUCACAACGCAAACACUACGCGGCAGGCACUUGAUGGAACAACAGCGCUUCAUCUAGCGGCUUAUACGGGGCAGGUUGAUACUGUGACUAGCUUUCUCAGAGCGGAAGAAAGACACAGGCGACGAUCCGAGCGUGGAACAACGCCAGUAGCCUCAGACACUCGUGGUAUGAGCGUGGAUACUGAUGGAUUCACUGCACUCGAGAUGGCAGAACUUAGGGGAAAUCUCAAGGUGGCGCAGAUCCUCAAACAGCACUAUAUGCGUGAAAAUGUUUCGAACGACAGCUCUAGUCUUUCUAGUGGCGCACAUUUGGCCAGUAGCCCACAGAAGGCACCCGUAUCCAAAGCGCCACCACUGCAUCUGGCUGCCGACAAGGAGCACGACUACUUGGGCGGCGCUGGUUUCGCUGGGGCCCUAGGGAGAAGAAUACUUGGUACUGACGCACGCCAGUGGCUAAAAGACGAGCGAGCUCGCGUUAACUCUUCCCCUAGUAUUAUCGGGGAAAUCGUGAUACCUAUUAGAAACAAAUUACCACUACCGGCUGAGAUCACUAUAUAG